AUGGAUACUAGCUACUUGGCCCAACAGGUCAAUAGCAGUAUUGGCCAGCUGCACAGCCUGUUUGACGAGAUUGGCGUCGCCACGCAUGAGCGCCAGGCACGCGAGUCAGAGCUCUUCUCGGCUCUUUCCGAGGCCCUCAACAACCAAGUCCGGCUCGUCAAUUCCGAAAAGAAGGAAAUGAUUGACGAAGCAAAGACCAUUAUUACCAGAAUUCGCGAAAUGGAGACUUCGCUUGACGACUCCAAGGGCCGACGGGACUAUGACAGCGACGACAUCACAAUAACUUAUCCCCUCAAUCACUGCCUGCAAACCCUGAGGGAAAAGCAGACUCAUAUUGCUCGCCUGCAUAGGGAGCGCUUCGAGCAAAUAAAGAAGCUCGUUCAAGCACUCGAGUCGUACUCGUCGCAUCUUGAGCCCACCUUUGUCCAGAUUGCACUACCACCCACAGGCCCAAACCAAACCAUCCCGACCAAUUUUGACCUCUCCCCUUCCUACGUCGACAGACUUGACCGCGAAUUUACUCGCGUCUAUGAUGAAUACACGCGCCGAAUCGCCUCGGUCCAGUCGCUAGCCGACACCAUCAUUAAGCUGUGGGCCGAGCUUGGCACGCCCCAAGCCCAGCAAGAGGGCGCCAUUGUCAAAUACUACCGCGAGGCGCCGGAGCAGCUGGGUCUCCAUGCCGAGGAUAUUAAGCGACUUCAGUCCAAGAAAGAUCGCCUUGCCGACGAAAAGAAGAAUCGCGAGAAGAAACUGCGCGAUCUCAAGGCAGCCGUUGAGGCGCUCUGGACAAAAUUGGGCAUCGACGAAGCUGAAACCAAAGCGUUUGCCAACGCCAACCGUGGGUGCGGCCUGCGCCAAAUCAAUGAGUUUGAGGACGAGCUGGCUCGAUUGAAUGAAAUGAAGCGCCAAAACCUGCACCUGUUUGUCGAAGACUCGCGCGUCCAAUUACAAGCGCUGUGGGACGCCCUGUACUUUUCGGAAGACGAGAUGCUUGAAUUUACGCCAGCCUUUUCUGACGUCUACAGCGAUGCUCUUCUCGAGGCGCACGAGCGCGAGAUUGCCCGAUUGGAGGCUCUCAGGGAGCAGCGGGCUCCUGUGCUGGCUCUAGUGGACCGACACAAGAGUCUGAUCAAGGAGCGCGAUGAACUGGCCACUUCGAGCCAGGAUGCGUCCCGACUCAUGCUACGCGGGCAAAAGGGCGAAAAGCGUGAUCCCGGUAAGCUGUUACGCGAGGAGAAGUCGAGGAAGCGCAUUGCCAAAGAGCUUCCCAAGGUUGCUGCCGAAGUCGUUAAGAUGCUGGAACGGUGGGAGGACGAAUAUGGCCGCCCAUUCCUUGUGUUUGGCGAAAGAUACCUGGACGAGUGCGAAGACAGUGGCCCCAACAAGGCUGUGCCAACAACCCGCUCCAAGACACCAGCCGGCGCACCGCCGUCUACCGCCAAGAUGCCCAAAUCUGGACACAAGGGCAACAUUGCCAAGUCGAUACCGCCUCGGACAAUGACAAAGACUCCCACGGCCACGGGGCCCAGGAAGGCUCCUACAACAAUUCAGUCUGCUGUGGCCAGAACCGCCAGUCCGACUCGUACCGGCCGCGAAAGCCCGACUCGGACCGGCCGUAAUAGCCCAUCGCGAAUUCCUGCCCGCGCACCGCUUUCCAAUUUGAAGCACGGCAACAACUCUCCCGAAAGACCGCGACCGGAUUCUCGCAGCGAGACGCUGCGUAACGGUGCACCGAUGAGAGCGCCACCCCCUAAGAUGCGCGACCUCAAGUCUGUGCCAGAGCUGCAAACACCGUCGAAUCCCUACAAGGGCGCAGGUCUAGGGCCGAAUAUUGCUCGCGACAUUGAUCCGGAAGACGUGUACGACGAGAGAUGGCAGACGUCAAGAGACCGGUACGGCUCUCAAGGGUCGCAAGAGCGCUCCGACUACGGCGAUGACCGAUACGCCACCAUUAGAGCUGGGCACUACGGCUACACGCCUGAGGGACCGCCGCGGCACGUCUCGAACACAUCGUCAGCGGCGAUUUCGGGGUCUGAGAAUUGGGAAACGUACGACGAUAACAGCGAGCCGGAACCCGAUGCUUCAGACGCCUACUACGCUAAGCUGCGGGCGGCGCGGUGCAAACGUCAAGAGCCCGAGUACAGCCACGGCGCAGUGCCGGCUCAGCCGAAGCGUUUACGCGGGAUACCGCCGCCGAUAGGCUACACGGGGCCGGUGAUGAUUGACGAAGACGGAAACCGUAUCGUUUCCGGCAGCGAAUGGGGUGACUCGGACGUGUUUUGA